AUGCCUGUUCAUGCUGUCGAUUUUAAUACUGAUAUUCUGGAUGCGGAAGAUAAACAGAAUAUUGAUAUAUCCAGGUUCUCUCAGGCGGGGUAUAUCAUGCCCGGUGAAUAUCAGAUGGACAUCAGGGUUAAUGACCAGGGGAUUUCACCUUCUGCGUUUUUGGUGAAAUUUCUGGAGCCAUCAGCCUCCGGUACUGACGGAAAGAAGUUGAUGCCGCAGGCCUGUCUGACACCAGAAGUUGUUCAGCGUAUAGGGCUGACGCCAGCAUCACUGGAUAAAGUGACAUACUGGAAUAACGGACAGUGUGCUGACUUCAGUCGGUUGCCCGGUGUGGAAAUUCGCCCCAAUCCGGCAGAGGGGAUGCUUUAUAUAAAUAUGCCGCAGGCGUGGCUGGAGUAUUCCGAUGCUUCCUGGUUGCCGCCGUCCCGCUGGGAUAACGGUAUUCCGGGUUCAUGGCGAUAUACCGGUGCCCGUCUGGAAAGUGAUGAGCGUAUGUUGCCACCAAAACUGCGUGGUUAUGCUCCUCAGAUAUCAGGGAUUGCGAAUACGAAUGCGCGCGUCGUGGUUUCACAACAGGGACGGGUUCUGUAUGACUCAACCGUACCGGCGGGACCGUUCACCAUUCAGGACCUGGACAGUUCCGUGCGCGGGCGUCUGGAUGUUGAAAUUAUUGAACAGAAUGGACAGAAAAAAACAUUCCAGGUCAAUACUGCGUACGUUCCGUACCUGACCCGGCCGGGGCAGGUACGGUACAAACUGGUUUCAGGGCGUUCUCGCGGAUAUGAGCACACGACUGAAGGUCCGGUAUUUAUGGCCGGGGAAGCAUCCUGGGGUAUCAGUAACAAGUGGUCACUUUACGGUGGUGGUAUCGUUGCCGGGGAUUAUAACGCUCUGGCGGUGGGGCUUGGUCGCGACCUGAACGAGUUUGGCACAGUAUCAGCGGAUGUGACGCAGUCUGUGGCCCGUAUUCCUGGAGAGGUGCUGAGGCAGGGUAAAUCCUGGCGCCUGAGCUACUCCAAGCGUUUUGAUGACGUAAAUGCGGAUAUCACCUUUGCGGGUUACCGCUUUUCUGAACGCAACUACAUGACCAUGCAGCAAUACCUGGAUGCCCGCUACCGUCAUGAUUUUACAGGGCGGGAAAAGGAGCAGUACGAUGUUUCACUGAACAAGGGGCUUGAAGAUGGCAAAACAUCAGUCGGCUUUCAGUACAGUCAUCAGACGUACUGGGACCAGCGCACAUCAAAUUAUUACACAUUAUCGCUGAACCGUUAUUUCGAUAUAUCAGACCUUAAAAAUAUUUCCGUGAGUCUGAGUGCUUCCCGCUCCCGGUAUCAGCAGAGAAACGGCAAUGAGGGAGGAACGUAUAACGAUUCCGUAUAUCUGCGGCUGUCCGUGCCAUGGGGGAACGGAACGCUCAGUUACAACGGUGGUAUGAGUAAUGACCGUUACACCAAUACAGUGAGUUACAACAGUACGCUGAACGGUGGCCUGGACAACUACAACCUGAGUGUCGGGCUGGACAGUGGUGGAGGACAGAAAACACAGGGACAGGUGAGUGGUUAUUACGGUCACAGUAGCCCGCUGGCAAAUGUGUCAGCCAGUUUCUCUGCCGUGGAGAACGGUUACACGUCAUUCGGUAUGAGCGCAUCCGGUGGUGCAACGAUUACCGCGAAAGGUGCGGCCCUGCAUGCAGGGGGCAUGAACGGAGGGACCCGGCUGUUGGUGGACACUGAUGGUGUCGGAGACAACAGCCAUCCGCCAUUUGGUGCCAGCGUGACAAACGCAAAAGGCCGUGAACUGGGGAUGGUGGCAGACAGUGGUCUGGCCUGGCUGAGUGGGGUAAGCCCGGGUGAAACCCUUAAUGUGGGCUGGGACGGUAAAACACAGUGUGUGGUGGAUAUCCCGAAAAAAACGGACCCGGCACAGCAACUGCUGCUGCCCUGCCGUAAGGCGAACUGA